AUGCUGCCCCUAAUCACUCUCGAGGAGCACUUCUCCUCACCAAAGGUCCUUGAAUCCAGCAAGAGCCUUGGAGCCUUAUAUAACAAUUUCCCUCCGUUUAUCCUUUCCAAGUUGAACUCUCUUGGCGAUGAGCGAAUCCAGGAUCUCGACCGGGGGCAUGUUACGCUCCAAGUCGUCUCCCACGGUCCCGGCGAAGCGUCACCAUCCGUCUGUACAGCGGCCAACGAUGACCUGGCAGCCGCUGUUUCCAAGAACCCAACUCGACUAGCCGGCUUUGCAAUGCUCGCCUUGAGCGAGCCGGCGGCAGCAGCACGGGAACUAAAACGCUGUGUCCAAGAACUUGGCUUCGUGGGUGCGUUGGUGGAAAACCAUGCUCGAGGACACUUCUACGAUGACGAGCGCUUCUGGCCGGUCUUUGAAACCGCGCAGGAGCUGGAUGUUCCAAUCUACAUCCACCCCUGCUUCCCACCCGAGAACAUGGUGGAUUACUACAAGGGCAACUAUGACGACUCUGUUGCACUCACCUUGAGCGCUUUUGGGUGGGCGUGGCACUCGGAGACGGGCCUGCACAUCCUCAGAUUGUUCGCCAGUGGCCUCUUUGAUCGCUUCCCAAGACUGAAGAUUAUCAUUGGCCACAUGGGCGAACUAUUGCCGUUUCAACUCGAUCGCGUCAUCUCGGGCUCGCAGAGGUGGGCAAAGCGAGAGCGCGGCCUGCGAGAGGUGUGGAGAGAAAAUAUCUGGGUCACGACCAGCGGCAUGUUUACGCUCCCUCCCCUGGCCUGCUUGUUGCAGACGACUUCGAUCGACCAUGUCUUGUACAGUGUCGAUUAUCCGUUCUCUACCAACGAGACGGGGCUGGCGUUUGUGGAAGAAAUCGAGAAAAGCGGCUUGAUUGUAGGCGAAUAUUUAGAGAAGUUUGCUUUCAAAAACGCAGAAAAUCUGCUACGCGUAAAGGCUAGGACCUCUUAA